AUGAAGACCUCAACUUUAAUAGUAGCCCCCUUGCUACUUUCUCUCUCCUCUGCAAGCAUCAUUGGAAGAAUAAUCGGUCGUAGCAAUGUUGAAUCGCGGCAAGUUCAAGCUGCUGAAGAGCCCGAGACUGUAUACACAGUCCUAAAACGUGGUGAAAAGGUUGGCACGAAUGAAACCUUACCAAUCCUUGGUACCGGCGUUGAAGAAAUAAUCACAACUACCACUACUACCGGCGCUGCUGCACCGGAGAGGACAGUCGGUAGAGGUCGUAACGGUCGAAAUGGUCGAAAUGGUCGAAAUGGCCGUAAUAGAAAUGGAAAAAACAACGGCAAGGAUCGUCAAGGCCGUCCUGGACAAAACCGUGGGGAUGGAAGAGACGACCAUAGAGAUGACGACGAUGAGGAUGACAACCGAGGACGUGGUGGAAAGGGGAGGGGAGGGAAUGGAAGAGAUGAAAGACCUGGAAGACCUGGAAGAGACGGAAGACCUGGAAGAGACGGAAGAGAUCGGGAUGAUGAUUCUACGACCAUUACUAGGACAAGACUUAGGACUACUGAAACCACCGUCGUGGUUUCGGAGACCGAGGGCGCUGAGGAGGAGGCUACUACUACUACCGAUGAGGCCGGAGCCGAGCCUACUGAUGAUGGUGAAGGUACUCCUACUACUGAUGGGUUUAGGGUCAUUCCUACCAGUGAAAUGGAAGAAUAUGAAUCUGCACCCUCGGCUGAAGCUGAACACCACCCCGCUCCGGUAGAAUAUGUUGGCGCUUCUGCUCCAACCGCUGAUCCACGAGGUGGACGUCCAGAACCUGAUCCACGAGGCGGGCGUCAAGAACCUGACCCAAGAGGAGGACGUAUUGUUACUGUUACCAAACAUGAACGGGUCGUGGUCACCAAAACCGAACGAGUCAGAGAACCACCAAAGACAGUCACAAAGACCGAAAAGGUCCGAGAAACCGUCACAAAGACUGAACGAGUUCGAGAAGAUGCCAAAACCGUCACAAAAACCGAACGGGUCCGAGAAACCGUAACCAAGACCGAAAAGGUUCCGGAAACUGUCACAAAGACCGAAAGGGUCCGCGAAACGGUCACUGAGAAGGAAACGGCUCGUGCGGGCGUAGAAACCGUUACUGUCACUGAAUCGGCUUGUACUGAAACUGCGGCUGCCCACGAGACCGCCCCCGCGGUUCAUGAGACUACUACCACAGUUGCUGAGCACGUAAUGCAAUCCGAGACUACUUCUGUUGUUCAUGAGACUACUCCUGCUAUCCAUGAGACUACAACUCCUGUCGCUGAACACGAAACCACCACUACUACUGUAGCUGCAGAGCACGAAACCACCACAACCGCUGUCGCGGAACAUGAGACAACCACCACUACCGCAGUCCACGAGGUAUCAACCACAACAACUGAAGUUGCUCCACAAGAAACUGGUAUGGGCGAACAUAAGCCACAGCCAGUUCAUACGACAUUGGAAACCCUUGUUCGAGAGCCACAGCAUACCCCGCCUCCUCAACAUGAAGCUAUGAAACCUAGUCGAUUCUGA